GGGAUGAUCUAUUUGGGAUGUGGAAAGCCCUGCAGGAGUGACUUUUGACUUUAUAGAUAUGCAUGUGCAAUAUCUAGGCAUAUUUUUGUUUUUUUACUGCAUCUGGUGGUUGAGAAGGGGUUAUGAAGUGCUAGAAAGUCCAGUGCAGAGUCAGGUGCAUUUCCCUUCUGGAUAUAGCUUAAAUCCUGAAAACUAUAGUGCUCCCUCCACACAUUACCCACAAGUGCCCCAUGAAGCUAUCCCUUCCCAGUUGGAUAACCAAUAUAUUGCUGAUUACCACUCUGCUUGCUAUUCAGUACCAGCGCAAAGUGUCAUGACACAUUCUAUUGGUCCCGGCAUGUUGAACACACAGCAGUUGUAUGGUGGGGCUCCUCAUCCUGUGGAGUCAUCAGGAGGACUUCUUCAAGAAGCAGUAUCAUCUGCAUCCCAUUUACAUACAAGUGUUCCACAGUCAUAUUCUGCAAUGAGUAGUCACUACAUUUCUUCAACCAGCUCUUCAGUCGCAUCUCAGGGAUUUCCCCUUUCUUCUGGUCAUUAUGCCAUGCCUUCUGUCUCUAGUGCUGUAUAUCCUCAUCUUUCCUAUCCUGCCAUGUCUAUUGGUAGUCCAUAUAGGCAGGUGUUAACAUCCCAGAGCCUUCCAGCUGUUGGACAGUUUAAAGAAACUAAUGCAUUUCCUGGUCAAAGUACUAUUGUACCUCGUACAUUGCAACAGCAAGUUACCUUGGGAUAUAAUUCUACAUCAUGGUCCACUUCAGAUUUUCAGUCAGCUCAAGAGAACUUGAGCAGGAAUCACACUGGAUCUGUGGCAAAAGCAAGCAACCAAAUAAAUACAGUUGGUAUUGUGGAUUCAUCACAUCCUGUAAACCAGAAUGUUCAGUUUACCAAGCCUGGUGUAGAAACAUCUGUUUCUUCUGUUGUGACCUCUUCAGUCAGAACACCUGCUGCAGACCAUUUAAUAGAACCUGCUUCUGUGCCUUCCAGUACACAGCCACCGGAAUCGCUGCUUCAAGAAGGCAUGCAGUAUGGUGGAUAUGUUAAUAAUCAAGCUAGCUCUGCACCAGCUCCCUUGUCAUCAAGUUCAGAUGAUGAGGAAGAGGAUGAGGAGGAUGAGGAAGCAGCUAUUGACAGCUCCUCUACUACUAGCAGUGCCUCUCCUGUUACCAACAAUUAUGAUGCCCUUGAAGGAGGUGGCUAUCCAGAGACAGAUUCUGCGACAAGUAGUCCGGCUCCUCCUCCUCAAAUAUCAAGGAAUACUAAGCCCUUUGGUUACGGUUAUCCAACGCUUCAACCUGGCUACCAGAAUGCAACACUGCCUACUUCUGCUAUGCAGCCCAGUAAUCCAGGGCAUCAAUCUGGGUUUCAACAAUAUCCACAACAGUAUCCUGGUGUGAACCAGUUAUCAUCCUCCUUAGGAGGAUUAAGUCUACAGCAUUCUCAGCAACCAGAAAGCUUGAGACCAGUAAACCUUAUUCAAGAAAGGAAUAUUCUUCCUGUUUCUCCAGUUCUAGCUCCUGUGCCUAAUUUGAAUUCAGACCUUAGGAAAUUGAAUUGCAAUCCAGAUUCAUUUCGAUGUACACUGACAAAUAUUCCACAGACUCAGGCUUUGCUAAACAAAGCUAAACUUCCCUUGGGGUCGCCUUUCUGGUUGCAAUUACCUCUGCAAGAAGAGUGGCAAUUACCAGUCAUAACAUCAAGCACUAUUGUGAGGUGCAGAUCCUGCAGGACAUAUAUCAACCCUUUUGUUUCCUUCAUUGACCAAAGGAGGUGGAAAUGCAACUUAUGUUAUCGAGUUAAUGAUGUUCCUGAGGAAUUUAUGUAUAACCCUUUGACACGAUCCUACGGGGAGCCUCAUAAGCGGCCAGAAGUCCAAAAUUCCACAGUGGAGUUCAUUGCUUCUUCAGACUACAUGCUUCGUCCUCCUCAGCCUGCAGUAUACUUGUUUGUUUUAGAUGUGUCUCAUAAUGCAGUGGAAGCUGGAUACUUGACAAUUGUCUGUCAGUCAUUGCUGGAAAAUCUAGACAAGCUGCCUGGAGAUUCUAGAACAAGAAUAGGGUUCGUAACAUUUGACAGCACUGUUCAGUUCUACAACUUGCAGGAAGGUUUAUCACAGCCUCAAAUGCUUAUUGUCUCAGAUAUUGAUGAUAUUUUCUUACCUACACCUGAUAGUUUACUUGUAAAUCUGCAUGAAAGCAAAGAGCUGAUCAAAGAUUUAUUGAAUGCGCUACCAAAUAUGUUCACCAAUACAAGAGAAACACACAGCGCACUGGGUCCUGCACUUCAGGCUGCCUUUAAACUGAUGUCUCCAACAGGUGGCCGCAUCUCUGUGUUUCAGUCACAGUUACCAUCCUUGGGUGCAGGGCUAUUGCAUUCCAGAGAAGAUCCCAAUCAAAGAUCCAGCACAAAGGUUGUACAGCAUCUAGGACCAGCAACAGAUUUUUACAAGAAGUUGGCACUGGACUGCUCAGGACAGCAAACAGCUGUAGAUUUAUUUCUCUUAAGUUCUCAGUAUUCUGACCUUGCUUCUCUAGCAUGUAUGUCCAAAUAUUCUGCUGGAUGCAUCUAUUAUUAUCCAUCUUUCCAUCAUAGCCACAAUCCGACACAAGCAGAAAAAUUGCAAAAAGACCUUAAAAGAUACUUCACAAGGAAGAUUGGAUUUGAGGCAGUCAUGAGAAUAAGAUGUACAAAAGGUCUUUCAAUACAUACUUUCCAUGGAAAUUUUUUUGUGCGUUCUACUGAUUUGCUGUCACUUGCCAACGUCAAUCCUGAUGCUGGAUUUGCAGUACAGAUGUCCAUUGAGGAAAGUCUAACAGACACGUCUCUGGUGUGUUUUCAGACUGCUCUUUUGUAUACUUCCAGCAAAGGUGAACGGAGAAUUCGAGUGCACACGCUUUGCUUGCCUGUAGUCACUUCACUGGCUGAUGUGUAUGCAGGAGCAGAUGUACAAGCAGCUGUCUGCCUCUUAGCAAACAUGGCUGUAGAUCGGUCAGUUUCAUCAAGUCUUUCAGAUGCAAGAGAUGCCUUAGUGAAUGCUGUGGUAGACUCAUUGUCAGCAUAUAUCUCAUCUGCCUCAAACCUGCAGCAAUCCACACUGAUAGCACCAAAUUCCCUCAAGCUGUUUCCUUUAUAUGUUUUGGCUCUUCUCAAACAGAAAGCAUUUAGAACAGGCACAAGCACACGCUUGGAUGAUCGUGUAUAUGCCAUGUGUCAGAUAAAGAGUCAGCCUCUUGGUCAUCUGAUGAAAAUGAUACAUCCCAACUUGUACAGGAUAGACAGAUUGACUGAUGAGGGUGCAAUACAUGUUAACGACAGGGUUGUUCCACAGCCUCCUCUUCAGAAGUUGUCUGCAGAGAAGCUGACAAGAGAGGGAGCUUUCCUUAUGGAUUGUGGAUCAAUAUUUUACAUUUGGAUUGGGAAAAACUGUGAUAAUAGCUUCAUAAAAGAUGUGCUUGGAUACCCUAACUAUGCAUCAGUACCACAGAAGCUGACUCAACUGCCAGAGUUAGAUACACUUUCUUCAGAGAGAGCCCGAUCUUUUAUAUCCUGGCUUAGAGACAGUAGACCUUUAAGCCCAGUUCUUCAAGUAAUAAAAGAUGAGAGUCCUGCCAAAACAGAUUUUUUCCAUCACUUAAUUGAAGACCGAACAGAAGCAGCAUUCUCUUAUUAUGAAUUCUUAGUUCAUAUUCAACAGCAGAUUUGUAAGUGAAAGUAGAAGAAAGAAGAUUUCCAACUUUGGAUACAAAUGUUAGCUGUGAGAAAAGCAUUAUAGCAAAUUACAAAAACAUGCAUUUGCUCUUCACAGUACAGUACACAGCACCGUAUCAGACACUUUAGAGCUAAAGGAAAAAUACACACGUCCGGAGAAAUUUUAUGGAUUUGCUUCAGCCAGAAUAUGAUAGGAGAAAUGAUGGUCUUUCACUAAUGCAUUUUAAACUGGUUUAUACAUGUUUCCAGUAGUGCAGCAGUAUGGUGCUCUGUUUGUUGCAAGCUGUUGAAUUUGUGUAGCUAUGUGGGAUGAUAUUUCUUAAUGAUAUGUAAAAUUAGAUAAAACCUUUUUCUUACAUUUAUUAUGAUAACCUUUCUGGAUUCAAACUCUUGCAGAGGUGCCAAUGGCAGUGCUAUCUGGGGUUUGUUUAUAUUACUUUUUAAAAGGAAUUAUUCAUAUUCACUAAAAGACUUCAACAUUUUCCCUGUGAAGACUAUAGAAUUUCAGUACAGUACACAAAUUAUAGAAAUGAAAUAUAUAAUGUACAUAAGUAUUACAUUUGUAAAGAAAAUGUAAAAAUGUAACUACACAAUGAAUUGCUCAAUGUGCAGCAGUGUUGUGUGUUCAAUAAUAGAUCACUUGCCCAGUUAAAAUGAGGUUGACUUGAUAAAUAAUACAUAUGUUAAGAAAUCUUGAAUCACAUAGGAAAAAAACAACUUUGUAAUCCUGUUAAUUCUUUUACAUGGAUUUAUUUAUGAUCAGCUUACUAAUUAAAAAUAUUUUGCUUGA